AUGAUUGAAAUGGAGCAAUAUGUUUUGGCAGGUGAUUGUCCCAUUAAACUUCAGCCUGUUAAGUUAGCUGUGGAGUUUGGGGCUUCAGCCUCAGCUAACUGUUCCACAACCAUCAACCACCAUGGCAUGGGCUGGGAGGCAUCGGAGGGAGCAGUAGACAUGGUGGACGAUGUCCAGUUCAUCACCUGGAGGGUAGAGAGCCUCACACACUGGGACAUAGAACCAAUUUGCUACAUCAACACAAACAAGCAGUGCGAACUCACUCUCCAAGUUACUGUUUACAAGCCUCCAGACCGGGUUUCCAUCAGCACUGUGGGUCACACAGGGCCGAUGAUUGAAGGCAGCCAGUACGAGCUCCAGUGUGAUGUUCAGAAUGUUGCUCCUGUUCAUCUCCUCACUGUGAACUGGUACAAAGGACAAAGUCUAGUGAAAAGUGUAGAAUCUGAUCACCAUUCCUCCAUAACCCCAGUAAACUAUUCUAAUACACUCUGGAUCUCCACAAGCAAAGAUGAUGAUGGAGUUCAGUACAGAUGUGAGGCAGAACUGAAACUGGGACCAGAAGGACCUCAAUCUCCUCCUGUAGUGACAUCAGAUCCUCUCAACAUUACAGUGCACUUUUACUUGCCAUUCAGCUUUAGUUCAAUUCAGUAA